AUGAGGUUUUAUCUGAAGUUCUUCCUGCACUACCUGGUGCUGCUGGGCUCUAACUCUGGCAUUUCUACCUACGGUCCCCACCAGAGGGCUCAGAAGACUGGGGACAUCCUUCUGGGGGGGCUCUUCCCCAUACACUUCGGAGUGGCCUCCAAAGAUCAGGACCUAGCUGCGAGACCAGAGUCAACUGAAUGUGUGAGGUAUAAUUUCCGUGGCUUCCGCUGGCUGCAGGCCAUGAUCUUCGCCAUUGAGGAAAUCAACAACAGUUCUACUCUUUUACCCAACAUCACCCUUGGCUACCGUAUAUUUGAUACCUGUAAUACCGUCUCCAAAGCUCUGGAAGCUUCUUUGAGCUUUGUGGCACAGAAUAAGAUCGACUCCCUAAACUUGGAUGAGUUUUGCAACUGCACUGGGAAUAUCCCAUCAACCAUUGCUGUAGUUGGGGCCUCUGGAUCUGCAGUCUCGACAGCUGUGGCGGACCUUGUCGGUCUCUUCUACAUCCCACAGAUCAGCUAUGCUUCUUCCAGUCGCCUUCUGAGCAACAAGAACCAGUACAAAUCCUUUAUGAGGACCAUCCCAACGGACGAGUACCAGGCCAUUGCCAUGGCAGCCAUCAUUGACCACUUCCAGUGGAACUGGGUCAUUGCCAUUGCUUCAGACGAUGAGUACGGCCGGCCAGGCAUUGAGAAGUUCGAGAACGAGAUGCUUCAGAGGGACAUCUGCAUAGACCUCAACGUGCUCAUUUCCCAGUAUCUUGACGAGGCUGAGAUUGUCCGUCUUGCAGAUCGCAUUGAGAACUCUACUGCUAAGGUCAUCGUCGUGUUCGCCAGCGGACCUGACGUCGAGCCGCUAGUUAAAGAGAUGGCUAGGCGUAACGUCACUGACCGAGUCUGGUUGGCGAGUGAAGCUUGGGCUAUCUCUAGCCUUGUGGCAAAGCCUGAAUACCUGGAUGUGAUGGGGGGCACGAUUGGCUUUGCGCUGCGGGCAGGCCACAUACCUGGAUUCAAGGAGUUCCUGCAGCAAGUUCAUCCAAAGAAGUGCAGCCACAAUGAGUUUGUCAGGGAGUUUUGGGAAGAGACGUUCAACUGUUAUCUGGAGGACAGUCCCCGGAAGGAAGACAGCGAGAACGGCAGCACCAGCUUCAGGCCGUUGUGCACAGGUGAUGAGGACAUCUCGAAUGUAGAGACACCUUACCUCGAUUACACUCACUUGAGGAUCUCCUAUAAUGUCUACGUGGCAGUUUACGCCAUAGCUGAGGCACUGCAGGACAUUCUCACCUGUACGCCUGGGAGAGGACUCUUCGCCAACGGCUCCUGUGCUGAUAUUAGGAAAGUGGAGGCAUGGCAGGUCCUAAAGCAGCUGAGGCACCUGAAGGUCCAGAACAGUGUCGGGGAGAGAGUGCGUUUUGACGAAGCCAGUGAGCUCUCUGCUAACUACACCAUCAUAAACUGGCAUCGGUCACCUGAAGACGGGUCUGUGGUGUUUAAGGAAGUCGGCUACUACAGCAUACAUGGCAAAAAAGGGGCCAAACUUUCCAUUGACAAAACAAAAAUACUGUGGAACGGCUAUUUGACUGAGGUGCCGUUUUCAAACUGCAGUGAAGACUGCGAGCCGGGGACCAGGAAGGGGAUUAUUGAUGGAAUGCCCACCUGCUGCUUCGAGUGUACGGAGUGCUCUGAUGGAGAAUACAGCGAUCAUAAAGAUGCCAGUGUUUGUACGAAGUGCCCCAACAAUUCUUGGUCAAAUGGAAACCACACGUCCUGUUUCCUAAAGGAGAUUGAGUUUCUGUCCUGGUCAGAGCCAUUUGGAAUUGCAUUGGCUUUGUUUGCUGUACUGGGGGUCCUCCUGACAUCCUUUGUGAUGGGUGUCUUUGUGCGAUUUCGGAACACGCCUAUAGUUAAGGCCUCAAACAGAGAGCUGUCCUACUUGCUGCUGUUCUCGCUCAUCUGCUGUUUCUCCAGCUCUCUCAUCUUUAUCGGGGAACCUCAGGAUUGGACAUGCCGUCUACGGCAACCUGCCUUUGGCAUCAGUUUUGUCCUAUGCAUCUCCUGCAUUCUGGUGAAGACCAAUCGAGUUCUGCUGGUAUUUGAGGCUAAGAUACCAACCAGUCUCCAUCGCAAGUGGUGGGGGCUGAACUUGCAGUUCCUCCUGGUGUUCCUGUUUACAUUUGUGCAAGUGAUGAUCUGCGUGGUCUGGCUGUACAAUGCUCCGCCAGCGAGCUACCGAAACUACGACAUUGAUGAGAUCAUUUUUAUAACCUGCAACGAAGGUUCUAUGAUGGCUCUGGGUUUUCUGAUCGGCUACACGUGCUUGCUGGCAGCCAUCUGCUUCUUCUUCGCCUUCAAGUCUCGGAAGCUCCCGGAAAACUUCACCGAAGCCAAGUUCAUCACCUUCAGCAUGCUGAUUUUCUUCAUCGUCUGGAUCUCCUUUGUUCCCGCCUACUUCAGCACCUAUGGAAAGUUUGUAUCUGCUGUGGAGGUCAUUGCCAUCCUGGCCUCCAGCUUCAGCCUGCUGGCCUGCAUCUUUUGCAACAAGGUCUACAUUAUUCUCUUCAAGCCAUCCAGGAACACCAUAGAGGAAGUCCGCUCGAGCACAGCAGCUCAUUCCUUUAAAGCGGCAGCGAAAGCUACGCUGAGGCGAAGCUCCGCCUCCAGGAAGAGGUCCAGUAGCGCAGGCGGCUCCUCGGGUUCCUCACCCUCCUCGUCCAUUAGCCUGAAGACCAAUGGUAAUGAGGCAGCCACUCCCUCCGAACACAGACGGUGCCAAAGGCCUAGAGUGAGCUUUGAGAGCGGGACAGUUACUCUCUCACUCAGCUUUGAGGAGGCGAGAAAGAACUCGAUAAAACUGUAAAGCGUCCUUGAUAUUAGCU